AAGUACUCCUCCUUUCUCUUUCCUCUUUGAGUGCUUGUGUCUUUCUUUCUGAUUGCGGGCCGGCCAUGGGAUCUAAGUGGAGGGAGGGAGGGAUUUUGGAGUUUGGAAGUUUGCGUCGCACAUCGUUGCAGUGUGCAUGCUUUGUGGAUUUGGUGCCCGAGGGCUUCGUUUUUCUGGAAAGUGUGGUUGCUUUUCUCUCUUCUUUUGAAGAAUAAUGGUAGACAAUAUCCUUGCGAUGGAGGCAUGUCGUACAAAGAUCGAAGAUGAGGACGAGUUGGACAAGUUAUUGUCUGUGAUGGGUCGGUGGCUAGCACUACAUAGAUAUUCGGUUCGGAGGAAAAAGACUGCGAAAUGUUGGAAAUUGAUGUGGAAUUCCAGCAAUGUACGUCAUAAACAAGGAGACGGGCACCUGGAAUCAAGCGCGAGAGUGGACUGGGGACAUAUAUUUCGAGACUGAAUAUUCAGAUAUGUUUGUUGAGACCAAUACCAUUGAGAAUGGAAGUGAUUUUUUUAUGAAUAUGGUCAAUGAGGAUGCACUUGUUACACUGCCUUUGUACCAACGUAUGUAAUUGAAAUAGUUUUGUAAAUUCUAGUGAGAGCGUUGUGCCAAAGGGGACGCUCUAUUUAAGUUGCAGUUGCCCAGGACGAGAAGGGGACCUAAUGAAUUUGAAAAAAAAUGGGAACGCCCAAUCAAGCCUUGAAAGUAGUGUGCAAAGUCUAUAAAAUGCUUUCUAAAAGUGUUACUCGGAGGCAUGUUCAAUAUGG